CUGCAUGUCAUUUUAUUUUGAAAAUCCAGAGGAGGUGUAGCUACGUCACUUUCACUUCCGUGUCAGCCAACAGGAGCAAGUUGUCAACGUAAACAGUGACAAAACACAAGAUGUCUAAUAAAGAAGUGAAAGCAGCACUAAAAAGUGCCAGAGAGGCUAUAAAAAACAAAGAGUUCAAAGAGGCUCUAAAACACUGCAAGGCUGUUUUGAAACUUGAGAAGAACAACUAUAAUGCAUGGGUAUUCAUCGGAUUGGCAGCCAGUGAACUCGAGCAACCAGAUCAGUCACAGACAGCCUACAAGAAAGCUGUUGAGCUGGAGCCUGAGCAGCUGCUGGCAUGGCAGGGCCUGGCAAAUCUUUAUGAGAAGACUGAUCAGUGGGAUUUCCAAAUUGAGCUACCUAACAUCUAUCAGAAGCUUGUUGAGCUGUAUGCAAGCUCUGACAAAAAUAAAUGUUAUGAGGUGAUCAGUAAGCUGUCUGAUAUCUAUCAGUCUGAUAAAGAAUAUUUAAAGUUGGCAAAGGUUUGGCUGCAGCUCCUUCAGGUGAAAGAGGAAGAGGCAGUGGACAAGAAAGAGUUACUGCAGCUAUGUCAACAGAUGACCCAACUCCUCUCAGAAUGCCUCAGUGAGGAAGAGCGGGACAGUGAAACGCAACAGCAUUUAAUCACAGCAUUUGAGAAGGCCAUGGUUCUCAUGGAUCCUGUACCAGGAGAGGAACACAAGAAGGUCUCAGCUGACUAUGUCAAAUGUCUCUCUAAACUGCCACAAGAAGAAGCCAAAAUGAAAGAGGCUUGUGAGUCCAUGCUGUCCCUCUACCCCAACCAAAGUUAUCCUCUUGAAGUCCUUUGUUCUCACUACAUCAAAACAGGUGUUCAGAAUGAGGACGCCGUUAGCUGUUUCUCCCGGCUCCUGGAUCUGGUCCCUGGCAGUGGAUUAGGUCACUUGGGUCUGGGCACCAAAGCACUGCAAGAAGGGAGGUUUAAAGAUGCCAUUAAGGACCUUGAACAGGGGUUGAAGAAAAUGAGCUCCAGUACAGGAUGGUGCAGUCUGGCUGAUGCUCAGUUUAAAAUGCAGAGAUACUCAGACUGUGCUAUGUCAUGCUCGCAAGGUCUCACAGUGUGUGUCUCCGGAGACAAAGAGCUGAGGGUCAAACUGCUGAGGCUGAAGCUAGAGGCUUUAGUCAGGAGUGGAGGAGAGAAGGAUGCAGACCUGGCUCUGGAGACUUUCUCACAGAUCCCAGAUGCUGAAAAAGACCCAGUUCUAGUAGCCCUUAAAGGACGUGCAUGCCUUAACAAGGGACAAGUUGAUCAAGCACUUAAGGUGUCAUCAGAGCUGGUGGCCUCUAACCCUAACCUGACCCAGGGUUUGGUACUGAGAGGACUGGCACAAUUGGCUCAGGGCCAGCAGCAGCUGGCAGAGGAAAGUUUCCUGAAGGCGGCUAGCCAGAGUCCAGACUGUGGAGAGUAUUAUUUCUUGCUGGGACGGCUCUACUGGGACAUGGGAGAAGAGACCCGUAAAGACCGGAGCAAAGCCCAUACACAUUUGCUCAAGGCUGCAAAGUUAGACCCAAACCUUGGUUGUGUAUUCCGCUACCUUGGACAUUAUUACCGGGAGGUGGCAAACGAUCGUGGCCGGGCACGAGGCUGCUAUAAGAAGGCCUUUGAGAUGGACAACGAUGAUGCUGAGUCUGGAGCUGCCUCAGUGGAUCUCAGUAUGGAGCAGGACGACAUGGAUUCUGCUUUAGCAAUACUUCAGUCAGUGAUUGAGAAAGCCACGCCAGGCUCAGCUAAAUGGGCUUGGAUGAGACGAGGGCUCUACUACCUGAAGGUCGGAGAGCAUCAACAAGCCGUAUCUGAUCUGCAGGCAGCUCUGAGAGCAGAUCCCGAGGACUGGGUGUGUUGGGAGUGUUUAGGUGAGGCCUACUUAAACCGCCGGAGCUUCACAGCCGCUCUAAAGGCCUUUGGUAAGGCCCAUCAACUUCAGCCCUCCUCCAUCUACAGCGUCUACCAGGCUGCUAGUAUCAAACAGACCCUGGGCAAGUUCAACGAGGCGGUUGCAGAGUACUUGCAGAUUACAGCGCAGCAGGAUUAUGUUCCUGCUCUUAAAGGUCUGGGGGAGUGCCAACUGUCUCUGGCAAAAAGUUUAAUGGAAGACUGCAGAGAUGGGGGAGCCAUUGACCUCAUUCAGCAAGCCAUACAGAACCUCUUCAGAGCUGUGGAGUUGCGUCCAGACCUGUCCUGUUUGUGGAAGCUGCUGGGAGAUGCUUGCACGGCAGUCUGCACUGUGUCGCCAAACAGAGGCCAGGUCCUAGUACCCGCCCUGCUGGCUGGUUUAGAUCCCAGCACCCAGAGCCACACACUGAACCAGGCCCAGACACUCAAAGUUGGUGAGAGGUGUUAUGCCCGUGCUCUGAAGCUGAUGUCUGAGGUCCCCACCCUUUGGAAUGACCUAGGACUCAACUAUUACCAUCAGUCCAGCCUACUCUGCUCUACAGAGGGAGACCAUAACUCCUCAUCUCUGCUCCUAGAGAAGGCCCAGCAGUGUUUAAAAAAGGCCAUCAUGAUGGACAGUGGGAACCAUAGCUACUGGAAUGCCCUGGGAGUGAUUUCCAUGAGCAAAGGUCUUGAGAACUUUGCUCUGGCUCAACAUUGCUUCAUCAAGUCCAUACAAGUUGAACCAAAUAAUGUUGUUGCUUGGACCAACCUUGGUACCCUGUAUUUAAAGAAGGACAAUAUAGAGCUCGCACACGAGGCCUUCAAGAUUGCCCAGUCACUGGAGCCGCUUUAUGUCAACUGCUGGAUCGGACAGGCGCUGAUAGCAGAGAGAGUGGGAAGCUAUGACACCAUGGAUCUUUUCAGGCACACCACUGAACUCAGCUCACAUAUGGAGGGAGUGAAAGGUUAUGCCUACUGGGUAUGUUCCACCCUGCUGGAUAAGAGCAACAGGGACUCUGAACUGUACCGCUACAACAUAGUCCAGAUGAAUGCCAUCUCUGCUGCUCAGGUGGCCCUCAGCAAGUACACAGAGAGGAUCCAGUCUGAUCCUGAUGCCUUCAUUAUGCUUGGCUUCCUGAAUGAGCAUCUGCAGCUGAAGAGGCAGGCCUUACAGGCUUACAAAAGAGCUGUUGAACUGCUUCAGUCCAUGUCCUCGACAGAAGAGCUGGCUUUUGCUCUGGGCAGCUAUGGCCGUGCUUUGUGCACCUCAGGCCAGUCCGAGGAGGCGGUGCGUGUUUAUAAUUCCACUCCACUGCAGGAGCUCAGUGAUCUAGUCGGGCUGGCUCUGGCCUACUGCAGGGCCGGACUCAUCCCAGAGAGCAUCAACGCCUAUGAACGUGCCUUGGCUGUGGCUUCCAGUGAGAAGGAGAAGGCUUAUAUCCUGACAGCUCUGGCACUGCUUCAGCACCGGCAGGGUAACCUAGACUCAGCCAAGACUCUGCUGUUUAAAUGCUCGAUGUUAAAGGAGCCAAUCUCCGAGUCUCUUCUGUGUUUAUGUGCCCUGGGAUUGGUCCACAGUGAUGCUACACUAGCAGCUGCUGCCCUGACGGAGCUGCUGAAGCAAGGUAAAGCCUCUGGCAAUGUUGUAGAGCAGCGGUGUCUGCUCACCUGCGCCUUGCUCGCCCUGCAGGGCAACUACAGCGCGGUGCAAAGAGAGGCUUCCAGAGCUGUACACAGUAAUCCUGGAAACCCAUCUCUGUGGGCCUUGCUGUCCAGGCUGGUACCACAAUACUACCCCAAGAAGGCAAAUGGUGGAGCGAUGGCUGGUCAUGUUGCCUGUCUCUCCAGUAUGACCCAAGGAAAGAGGGCGUUGCUGUACAGUGGAGUGAACCAGCUGGCUAAUGGGAGACACUCUGGAGAGGACCCUCACAGGAAUGCACUGAAGACUAUGCAGAGAGCUGUCAUGCUCUGUCCUGAUGAUCCAGCAACAUGGGCGGGAUUAAUGGCUGCCUGUCACACAGAAAACACCUCCUGUUAUCUUUCAGGCUCUGCUCCUUGCAGACGAGGAUUGGAGCAAACCCUCAUGUCAGUGGUUUCUGAGAAAGUGCAUAAUGUGGAGGAGAUCGAGCGCCCUCUAGCCCAGACUCUAGAAGGCUGGGUACUACAACAGGCAGUGACUGGUCUCAUGCUGGGGGGACAGCUGGAACAAGCAGAAGCCCUCUGCUCACAGGUGCUGAAUGUUUCUCCUGAACACCCAGCGGUGAUGCUGUCACUGAGACAGGUGCAGUGUCAGCGCCUCCUCCUGGCCGGUGGCGGUACUGUCCUCCCAGACUCUGUGCUGGAGCAACUAAACAACACAGUGAUGAUGAACCCCACCAACCUCGGGGCAUGGCACUGGCUGGCUGAGGUGUAUCGUAGCCAGGGCCUGCUGGUCCAGGCAGUCAUGGCUUACAGGCAGAGCCUGCAGCUGGCCUCACAGCUCGGCCUGCACAGCAGCCAGGUAGCCAGCCUGCUGCGACUAGCCCUGCUAGCCUUAGGACCCUGUAUGGCGGGCGUCCCAAGAAACGACUGGACGGACAUGAUACUAGAAGCCACCACUGAGGUCUUGAAGCUGGGUUCCUGCCCUAUGGCCCUCCUUUUCCAAGCCCUGCUCCAGUAUGUGACCAAGAUGCCUACCAGGGAAACGAGGCGUUUGUUGGAGAGGCUGGCUUACACUCAAGACUACCCAGUGACAGUGGUGCAGGUGGCCAGCUGGUACCUCCUCAGACACUUGCACGCCAAAAACGACCAGGAGCUAAUGAAUGUCCUUUUGCAACACACCAAACUGAAUGGAGACCAAAGACUGCUGGAGUUUCAUUCACUGCUUGCUUCUACGUCAGAUUGAAUUUUUGCAAGUUUACAAAUACAUCACUAUGAACUCAUGCAGCUUAGCGAGUUUAUUCACCGGCUGAAAUAAUCACUAAUACAGCUUUUCUGGGUUUUAAAUAUGAAAUCAUAUCAAAUGCACAUUAUGGGUCUGAUAUCAUCAUAUUUAUUGGCAUUAAAUGAUUCUUUGGUUUUACGUUAUACAGUGUUCAGGAAAGCAUCAACUCAGCAAAUCAAAAUGUUGAGCUUUAUCACAUAUUAUUUCAAAAUGGACUUCAAUAAAGGCAUCUUGCU